GCCUGGCCCCAACAUUGAAGGCACGUGCUGAGGUGGCUGCCUGCACUCAAACAAUAGAAGCUGCCUUUGUAACUUACACCCUCCCUCACUCAAGCUUACUUAACUUGUUCAUGCUGCUUGCUUCGUGCACUGUCAAGUAUUUCAAAACAAAAUUAGUUGAGAGAGAGAUGGAAAGAGGUAGAGAGGAGAAAAGGGAAGAAGGAAUAAUGGUGUUUGUGGACAAAAGGGGUGGUUCUUCCACUCCUCCACCCUUAUGGAGGCUUCACCUUCCAUCUCACCACUCCAGAAUCAACAUUCGAGAAUUCCUCAACUGUCCCACAUCAUCGUCACUCUCUGCCAGAGAGCUCUGUGCACAACUCUGGGAGACUCAGCCCUACCACAUGGCACUACUUCCCCGCUGCCGCCGCAAGCUUCCUAAACACUUUGCUGACCCUCCUGAUACCCCCUAUCACCAGCCCAAAUUAGAACGUAAUUCGAAAAGACAUGUCCAAGCAUCACCUCUCAAGCACCGUAGAUCAGUUGAAAGUAAGGGUUGUGCUCCUCUGCCAGUGUCCCCUGCAAGUUACUGUAACUCCGUGAAGGUGGCACCGUACAAUAUUUCAGUAAAUCCAACAAGUUCUGCGGAGUUACGGGGUAAAUGUGGCGACCCUAAAACAUCAAGAGAGUUACUCAAAGUACUGAGCCGCAUCUCGAGCCUUGAAGAACAGAAUGCAUCGAGUAUGUCAGUGAUAAAAGCCUUGAAAAUGGAGCUAGAUCUUUCUCAGGUACAGGUCAGAGACUUACUACAAGAAAAGCGAAUGAUAUUGAGGCAAAUAGAAGAGGACAAGCUUGUGAGGAAGAACAAAGAACAUGAAAAAGUUAAAGCUACAGUUCAAUCAAUGAAUGAAGAGAUAGAAGAAGAAAGGAGGUUGAGACAGCAUUCGGAAAGCGUUGGUCGAAAGCUCACAAGGGAGCUUUCGGAGAUGAAGUCUUCACUGUCAAGUUGUUUCAGAGAUCUUGAAAGAGAGCAAAAAGGUCGGAUCCUAUUGGAGAAUCUGUGUGACGACUUUGCCAAAGGAAUAAGAGACUAUGAACGAGAAGCACGUUCUCUAAGACAGAGUAAUGGCUCUGAGACGGGUCAGGUUAAAGGUGAAAAUAACCUUGAUAGGCUAAUGCUUCAUAUUUCAGAGGCUUGGCUUGAUGAGCGCAGGCAUUCAGGAGGAAGAGAUUCUGUUGUUGACAAGUUAGGUGUUGAUAUUGAAACAUUUCUUCACGCGAAAAGGUCGGUUGAUUCAGGCAGAUGCAGUAGCCACAUCCCAUGCCUGCAUUCACUGGAUAAUGCAGCAAUGAGGAAACAGGUUCAGUCAGAAGAAUGUGAAUUGGCAACACAAGCUCAAAAGCAUGUUGGGAGCAGUUCUAUAUCAUCAGAAGGUGAUAAGGUUUAUCCAGAGACAGAUAAUAUUUUCGGGGAGGGUUCAGUGGUUAAGCUGAGUGACAUGUCUGAGUCUUGUUCUUCUUCCAAAUUGCCAAAGGGAGUUAAUGACAACUCGCUCAUGGCAAAACUGCUUCAAGCAAGAUUACAUCCCCACAAACCUUCAAUGUGAAUUUUACAUACAAUGCUUUUCCAGAAAACAAUAGAUUUGAAAGCUUUUAGGAAU